AGUGGCGAGCGGUGGUGGUGGUAGAGUAAAGUCGUAUCGUGAACGUGGUGGCAAAGAUAAAGUUGUUCGAUCGGUAGGAAAGAAAUUAACGAACAGUCGGGUGAGUGACUGAGCUCCGUUAGUAUCAGAGGCGAGAAGAGAACACAAGAAUAUCAAGAAAAAAAAAAUUAAUAAAUAGAUAGAUAGAGAGAGAGAGAGAAAAAAAAAGGAAGGAAGCAAGAAAAACUGAAACGUGUGAAAAAUAUAGUGAGAAGCUUCAGCAAAAUUUUAAUCGCAACUAAGUGACUAGGUAAACUGAAAAUGUUUCACAUAAGAAGAUUAACGAGAUCGUCGAUCGCUUUGAAGCAAGCGCCAACCAACGAUAUUAUUCAUAAUACGCUGAUACGGAUCGUGCCGGCGUUUCAAACGCGCGGUUAUGCCGAUCAUCAGAUCCCCGAUCGGCUAAAAGAUAUCCCUGACGAUCCGGAUCCAAACUUCUUCGACAUGGUCGAGUAUUUUUUUCACCGCGCUUGUCAGAUCGUCGAGGACAAGCUGGUCGAGGACAUCGGCAAGCGUUCCAGAAUGAGCGUGGAGGAGCGAAAGAAAAAGGUGAAGGGUAUCUUGAUGCUAAUGGAACAAUGUGAUCACAUCCUCGAAACCUCCUUCCCUCUGAGACGCGACUCAGGCGACUAUGAAAUGAUCACCGGUUAUCGCGCGCAACAUUCAACUCAUAGAACACCUUGCAAAGGAGGUAUUCGUUUCUCGAUGGACGUCUCGCGAGACGAAGUGAAAGCUUUAUCGGCAUUAAUGACUUUCAAGUGUGCCUGCGUGGAUGUUCCUUUCGGUGGAGCUAAAGCCGGUAUUAAAAUUAAUCCUAAAUUGUAUUCGGAACAUGAGCUCGAAAAGAUCACAAGAAGGUUCACGUUAGAGCUCGCAAAGAAGGGAUUUAUUGGACCCGGUAUCGAUGUUCCUGCCCCCGACAUGGGAACUGGAGAACGCGAAAUGUCCUGGAUCGCGGAUACAUACGCUAAGACAAUAGGACAUUUGGAUAUCAAUGCUCAUGCCUGUGUAACUGGGAAACCAAUUAAUCAAGGUGGAAUACAUGGACGUAUUUCUGCUACGGGGCGUGGUUUAUUCCACGGAAUAGAAAAUUUUAUCAAUGAAGCUAAUUACAUGAGCAUGAUCGGUACCACACCUGGCUGGGGAGGAAAAACAUUCAUCGUUCAAGGUUUUGGUAACGUCGGUUUACAUUCGAUGCGUUACUUGACACGUGCCGGUGCUACUUGCAUAGGAGUAAUCGAACACGAUGGUUCUAUCUUCAAUUCCGAAGGUAUUGACCCCAAGCAAUUGGAAGAUUAUCGUAUAGAGAAUGGUACUAUCGUGGGCUUCCCUGGUGCUAAACCGUACGAAGGUGAAAAUCUUAUGUACGAACCUUGUGAUAUAUUUAUACCCGCAGCAGUCGAGAAAGUUAUCACUAAAGCCAAUGCUGGUCUUAUGAAGGCAAAAAUCAUAGCUGAAGCUGCCAAUGGUCCGACUACUCCAGCUGCUGAUAAAAUUUUAAUUGAGCAAAAUGUCUUGGUUAUACCAGAUUUAUAUAUAAAUGCUGGUGGUGUUACCGUUUCAUUCUUUGAAUGGUUAAAGAACUUGAAUCACGUGUCUUAUGGUCGUCUAACUUUCAAAUACGAAAGGGAAUCAAAUUAUCACUUGUUAGAAUCUGUACAAGAAUCGUUAGAACGCAGAUUUGGCCGUGUAGGCGGUCGAAUUCCUGUUACACCUUCCGAAGCGUUCCAAAAACGCAUCUCUGGUGCUUCUGAAAAAGACAUCGUCCAUUCUGGUUUAGAUUAUACUAUGGAAAGAUCCGCAAGGGCUAUUAUGAAGACAGCCAUGAAGUUCAAUCUCGGCUUGGACUUGAGGACAGCCGCUUAUAUUAAUUCGAUCGAGAAGAUAUUUGCCACUUAUUCCGAAGCUGGUCUUGCGUUUUAAAGUAUUUAUCAAUACAAAGGAAAUCACGUAAAUGAAACUGUAAAAAGCCAGUCUUUUUAACCUUUCAAGCCAGUAUUUUCAAGACUUCUAACGAUCAUUUUCAGCCAGUACUGUUCAGUGUUUUUCAGUGACGAAGACCAGAACUGCUAGUUACAAUGAAAAUAUUUCACAUACAUGAUCGCACGCUAGAUUCUCUUCGAGUAUAUCGCAAUAAUUAAUGUUCCGUUGCACGGAUAAAUAUACAUACUGCCUGCGUCGAUCGCGUUAUUCACGUUUAAUCGUUAUAUCGCAUAUGUUUAUGCAUAAGCAAAUGUCGAAUCGGAUAGUAGCGAAUUUAGUAUGCGAAGUGAUGAAUACGGUCUGCAAAGUAGCCAAUUCAAAGCAACGUACUUGCAACACAUUUUCCUUUGUAAAUCGAUUUAACGAAGUCAAUGGAAGUAAGAGAUCAGUGUUCAUUUUUAUACAUCACUUUGAUCGAUAUAUCUUAAUAUUUAAGAUCUGCACGAUACUCAUCAAGAAUGAAACAGUCGUUUGUAAAUCUUAAUUCUCUUGAAUAUAUAAUAUAAUGCAGUGAUGUAUUUGUAAGAAACAAAGUAAUGAACACUUCUGUUCACUACCAAUGUGAAAAUGCGCGAUGUAUCAUACAGUAAUAUUGUUAUAUAUUUUAAGAGUAAUGUUAAUAAACAUUUACUCUUAAUUCAUAA